CUUCGGUGGUCUUUAUCAACUAGGCCUUAUCAGUCGUUACAAACACCUUUCCUGAACCUGAGGGGACUUGGAAACUGUGGACAUAUAUAUUUCAAAAAGGAUGUCCCGCACUAUGGAACCGCUGGCAAAGAAGAUCUUUAAAGGAGUUUUAGUAGUUGAACUUGUGGGAGUUUUUGGAGCAUAUUUUUUGUUUAAUAAGAUGAACACAAGUCAAGAUUUCAGGCAAACAAUGAGCAAAAAAUUUCCCUUCAUCUUGGAAGUUUAUUACAAAUCCAUUGAGCAGUCUGGAAAGUAUGGACUUAGAGAGCAAGAUCAAGAAAAAUGGCUGAAUAGCAAAAAUUAAGA